AUGGGCGGUCUGCCCGCCUUCAAACGACAGCAUCUCCUCGCCGAGUUCACCGGCCUCAAACAAGCCUGCCCUCAGGGGAUAUUUGUCAGCCUCACGCCGGGCGACCCGACCCUUUGGUCUGGCGUGCUAUUCGUGCGGAAAGGCCCCUACGCCCCCGCCAUCCUGCGCUUCCAGCUCUCCUUCCCGGACACCUACCCGUCCCUCCCACCCCUCGUCACCUUCUCCACCGACAUCUUCCACCCGCUGCUCACCCCGCUGUCCACCUACAUGUACUCGACCGACGUGCGUGACGGCGCCACCGCCAGCGCCUCCGACGACGAGCGCCUCCCGCCCGGCGGCUUUAGCCUCCGCCAUGGGUUCCCCGCGUGGUUUGGACGAGGGAGUAGGGCGGCGGCGGCGGUGGUGGUGGCUGCUGGUGGUAGUGGUAGUAGUAGUAGUAGUGGUGGUGGUGGUGGUGGUGGUGGUGGUGGUGGUGGUGGGGAGGCGGUUGUCGUGAAUGUUGUUGUGAAUGAUGGGAUGGGGGGUGGGGUGGGGCUUGGGGUUAGUAGUGGGGAUGGGGAUGGGGAGAGGGGGAGAGGAAGGGGGGAUGGUCCCGGUUCCAGCGGGGAUCAAGGUGAGAUGGUCGGGUUGAUGACGCCUACGAGGGCUGUGGCUACGGCUACGGGGACAACGCCCGCUUCGGCGACGUCGGCGGCUUCGUCUUCUGCGUCCGUGCCGGGGUAUGCGCGGGCCGGGGGUAUGAGGGAGGUGUCUACGUACGAGGUGCUGAGGUACAUCCGGAGCACGUUUGAUGAUGAGGAUGUGCUGGACUCGGUGCCGCUCGAAGCAGCAGGGAAUCCGGGGGCGUGGCAUGCGUGGCGGACACAUCGGAGGCAAUCGGUGGGUAAGCCACUGCCGGUGCCGGGUGGGGCUGAGGUUUCGGGACCGGAGGGUGAGCUUCGGGCGGAAAAAGCGUCGGGCCCGGCAGCGGCCGUACCCGCCGCUACGACACGGCGGCCUGGCGAAUGGAAUUGGGAGGGGGUUUGGGAAGAGCGAGUAAAGAGGGGCAUUGCCGCUAGCUUGUCCGAGGGAGUCCUGUAUGGACAAGCUGGAACGACAAAUGACGUGAUCAACUUCCUCAGCAUGGAUGAUACGGAAGUCGAAGGAGCCAAAUCCAACCUGCUCCGGACGCUUGGCGCUGCCGCAUAUUCCCCGCCAUACUGGAGGAUUCCCUCCGGUAGUACAGACUGUUUUGUUUCCGUUCUGCCUGACCAACAACGCAUCGAGUUCCAAUCAGAGUUUCAGUCCUCCUCUAACAUACCUGUGGUAAUGGCGGGUUGUGCCGACGGGCAACUCCGCCCGGUAGGAACUCACACCCAGUCCAACCACAACCACCCAUGGCGUGAUAUGCCGAGACCGUUGCAUAUCACGAAGCGAUCAGCAGUUGGAAGAGGCAGCGGUGGCUGUGGCUCAGAAAGCGAGACGUCGGACGCCAACAUGGGCACCCCCCCGGAAUCACUCGGCGAACAUCGACCCCUGACGCUCCCAAAGAGGAGAGGAGACCGGGACCCCCGUAACCCCACCGGACCUCCUUCGCCCCCACACUUUCAGGACGCCUGUAUCCUCGCCCCCAAUAUUGUUGUAACUCCUGAAUACGGAACCGUCGAUGAGGGUACUGUAACCGUGCCUGCUUCUACCGGCCCUAGUCGCAAAGUAAUAUCUAACCCCGGCAGGGUACUCUAUCCGGGAUCCCGGCUGCUUUUUAUCGCACAUAUCCGCCUUGGGCCUGCCGUCCGUUAUCGCCCUCGCACCCAUAUCCGGCAAAAGUCCGAUGAUCUGAUCGAGGACCUCGAGCACGAACUCGGUGGCACUGUGACGGAUUACCUCCAAGUCCGUGUGGCAUACUGCCACUCUGGGUUUCCCCAGAGACAGAAGCAGGCUGCGACGGCGGUGUGCAGCACAGCCCCAGAUGGUAUCGCCAGCAUCCAGACCACGAUCCAGACCACGGCGACGGCAACUAUCAAGCGGCAUAAUCUCACCUCGCCAUGGUCGCCACCGCCCAGCACGCCACAUCCCAACCCCCUAUUCGAGAUCAUUGCCUCACACUGGGGGCCUGAGAACGCGCAUGCCGUGAUGCAGCGAGUUAUACGCUCCCGGACGGCCCCGUCCAACGCAACAACUCGCCCUUUCAGGGUCCCAUCAUCUGUCAAGCCCAUGAUGCCCCGAAAGGCACACGAAAUCACUGACGAGCGUCAUCAAAACCCUAAAACACAGGAAACAAAGCUCAGAACUAACCAACAGCCCUCCCCACCCAACCCCAUCCCACCAGCCAGCGCAGCAGCCCCAGAACUAACGCCAGCACCAGCGCCCCCAGUCCCAAGACGGCAAGCGAGCCUGAGGCGCGUGGCGUCUGCAUACCACGACGCAGACCCGGGGCACCCGCGGAGCCACGCCGCCUCCCACCACCACCACCACCACCAGGCACCGCCGCAGCAGAACGCCGCGACGGAAGAAGAGAACGAGACAGAAGCGGCGUCGCCCGCCGCAACAGUCCGACGGCGCAAGAGCUACCGCGACAGUAGCCGUGACUAUCAGGGCGAGGGCGGUCGCGCGGCGUCGGGGUUCUACCCCGCGGCUUCGUCCUCUUCCGUGUCGUCUUCUGCGUCUCCUGGCGGCGGGCCGUCUACAUCCGCGGCGGGCUAUGGUGGCGGCAGUGGUAGUGUUGGGAGUACCGCCAGUGGCAGUUCCCGUUCCCGGGUUAUGACGGGGAAGGAGGUGGGUAAGGAGAAGGGGUUGGAGGCGGGGAUGAAUGGGAGGGGAGGUGGGAGCGUGAAGACGAGGAAAGGGAAGGAGAAGGAGAGAGGGUGGGGAUGGUCUAGUUGGUGGCAGUAG